AUGCUAUGCUGUCUCCUCCUAGGGGCUCCUCUGAGCCCCAACUCAACACAGGAUGAGGACUCUUUCACUGUGGGGGUGCUGGGUCCAUGGGAGUGUGACCUCCUCUUCACCAAAGCACUCCCCCAUGUGGCUGCCCACCUAGCCAUCACACGAGCCAAGAGAGAGUUCUUGUUGGAGCUGAGCACCCGAUUGGACUAUGUGAUCCUUGAGGAGGGCUGCAAUACUGCCCAGUCCCUGGCUACUUUCCUCUCCUAUGGAGGUGCUGUGUCAACCUUUGUGGGGCCUUCCAAUCCCGGCUACUGCCCAGCAGCAGCACUCCUGGGCCAGAACUGGGGCAAGGCUCUUUUCUCCUGGGCAUGUGGAGCUCCAGAAUCAGGAGGCACGUUGGUCCCCACUUUGCCUUCCACCAUCCAGGUCCUAUUGGCUGUCCUGAGGCACUUUGGCUGGGCUCAUGUGGCUGUCAUUUCCUCCCAUCAAGAUGUCUGGGUGGACACAGCCCAACAGGUUAUCGCAGCCCUGAGGACUCAUGGACUGCCUGUGGGGCCAGUAACCUCUCUGGGGCCUGGAGGCCAGGGAGCUAUUAGAGCCCUGAAGCAGCUUCAAGAUACAAGUAGGUUGAAGGUGGUGGUAAUGUGCAUGCACUCGCUUCUUGUUGGUGGUUCUGAGCAGGAAGUUUUGCUUGCCCAAGCUCAUGCACUUGGCCUGACAGAUGGCAGAUAUGUCUUCAUCCCUUAUGAUGCGCUGCUUUAUGGGACACCCUAUCGCAACCGGUCCUACCCAGUGCUGAGGGAUGUUAGUGGCCUUCAGGAAGCUUAUGAUGCCGUGUUGACUAUCAGUCUGGAGUCUGGUACAACUGACUUCGAUGGAGCCUUCUCAGCUGCCAGGAAGAGUGGGGAAAUCACUGCCAACACAGAGCCUGAGCAAGUGUCUCCACUCUUUGGGACCAUCUAUGAUGCCAUCUUUCUUCUGGUCAAUGCUCUGAAUCAAUCUAAGAAACAAGGGGGUCAGCUCUCAGGAAACCAUCUUCAGGAUCACAUUAUGUCUCUGGACCUAGCUGGUUUUAGCCAGAGGAUCCAGACAGAUGAGAAAGGAAAUCGGUUGGCCCGCUAUGUAAUCCUGGAUACAGAUGGUCAGAAAAAUCAACUAAUUCCAACCCAUUUGCUGGACAUGUCCACUUUAUCAGUACAAUCACUGGGAAGACCUAUUCACUUUCCACAAGGAAUACCCCCUCCCCCUGACUCCAACUGUUGGUUUGAUCCAGAUACUCUAUGUACAGGAGAUGGGUGGUCCUUGAUUCCCAUCCUGGCUGUGAUAUCAUUGUCUACCUUAGUGCUUGGAGGCCUGGGUCUCAUUUACCUUAUGAGGACUCUGCAGUUCCAGCAUGGAGGAGGCCCCAACAAGGUUAUACUGACUAUGGUAGACCUCACCUUCACUCAUCCUCGACUGAACCAGCGGGUAAAUUCUGCAGCUCACACGGGGUCUCUUGUGAAACUCACUUUGGAUACCCUCAGCAAUUCCCGGAGUCCCUCAGAUGUCAAGAGUCUUAGCUCAGAUGUCCAGUCUCCAGGGAGGGUCCUCCCAGCCACACCAGAAUCUUCCAACAUGGCCUUGUACCAGGGAGAUUGGGUUUGGCUGAAGAAGUUCAAGACUGGAACAUCCUCUGAGCUCCGUCAGAGUUCUGUGAAGCUACUGAAAAAGAUGAGGGAUCUGAGACAUGAGAAUGUGAAUCUCUGCCUGGGAUUCUUUACUGAUCUGGGUGUUUCUGCCAUUGUGUUUGAGCACUGUUGCAGAGGCAGUUUGGAGGAUUUGCUGAAAAAUGAGGCCCUGAGGCUUGAUUGGACUUUCAAGUCAUCCCUCCUGAUGGAUUUGAUUAAAGGUGUCCGGUAUCUCCACCAUCGAGGGUUUCCCCAUGGUUCCCUCAAGUCUCGCAACUGUGUUGUGGAUGGGCGUUUUGUGUUGAAGGUCACAGACCAUGGUUAUUUGGAUCUCUUGGAGAGGCAGCGGGUUCCUUAUUCCCAGCCCCUGCCAGAAGAAUUGCUGUGGACUGCACCAGAAUUGCUCAGAGAGACUGAAGGGCCUUGGAGAGGCACUUUCAAGGGCGAUGUCUAUAGUUUUGCCAUAAUUUUGCAAGAAGUGCUGGCUCGGGGACCACCCUACUGCACAUCAGGACUCUCUGCAGAAGAAAUAAUCAGGAAGCUGGUGUCCCCUCCUCCCCUCUGCCGUCCAGUGGUGUCUCCAGACCAGGGACCACCUGAGUGCCUCAGGCUGAUGAAACAGUGCUGGAGUGAGGAUCCAGAAGACAGACCCAGUCUGGACGACAUCUUCAGCCAGUUUAAAAGCAUCAACCAAGGCAAGAAGAGCAGUGUGGCAGACUCAAUGCUGCGGCUACUAGAGAAGUAUUCCCAUGAUCUGGAGGACCUGGUCCAGGCGAGGACAGAAGAACUGGAGCUGGAAAAACAGAAGACAGAGAAGUUGCUCUCACAGAUGCUUCCCCAAUCUGUGGCAGAGGCUCUGAAGGCUGGGACCACUGUGAUCCCUGAGUACUUUGACCAGGUAACAAUCUACUUCAGUGAUAUCGUUGGCUUUACCACCAUCUCAGCUCUGAGUGAGCCCAUGGAGGUGGUAGACCUGUUAAAUGACCUCUACACAUUGUUUGAUGCUGUCCUGAAUAGCCACGAUGUGUAUAAGGUGGAGACCAUUGGCGACGCCUACAUGGUGGCCUCGGGGCUGCCUCGGCGGAAUGGCACCCGGCAUGCGGCUGAAAUCGCCAAUCUGGCCCUGGACAUCCUCAGUUCUGUGGGGGACUUCCGCAUGAGGCACGUGCCUGAGGUGCCGGUCCGUAUUCGGGCUGGCCUGCAUUCGGGGCCCUGUGUGGCAGGUGUUGUGGGUCUCACUAUGCCUCGCUACUGCCUUUUUGGAGACACGGUAAACACUGCAUCCAGGAUGGAGUCCACAGGACUACCUUACAGGAUCCAUGUCAGCGGAAGUACUGUCCAGACCCUGGCCAGCCUGAACGAAGGCUACAAAAUUGAAGUCAGAGGUCAGACUGAAUUGAAGGGCAAAGGUAUAGAAGAAACCUAUUGGCUAGUGGGGAAAACAGGCUUCCCAAAAGAACUCCCUAAACCCAUGGAUAUCAAACCAGGGGAUGCCUGGCAAGAAAUGGUGAACCAGGAGAUCAAGUCAUCCUUCAGGAAAGCCAGCCGAAGCAGCGGGAGACCCAAGAGCUCGGAAAAGGCGGAACCGGCCCCCUGAGAGGAGAAGCCGCAGGCACAGGACACAGCAUGCAGCACAAGCUGGGGAGCCACUUCCAGCAACCUGACCUCAC